AUGAGGAAUCGUCUGCUGCAAACCAAACACAGUGCCAAUGGUGACCUUAAUGCUGAUAGUGCCAGGAAAGAGACAACCUCCAUGGAUCUAACACCAACCUCCAGCAUUACUCCUCAUCGAAAUCGACCACAGUCUCAGUUUAGUUCACAGCAAGCCCUGCGACUUCAUAAACAAACAGCAUCAUCCAUGUCUCAACAAACACCACAUGUACAACAAUUGGAUUAUUUCACAAACAAUCAUUUUUCAAGGUCUUUUAACAGUUUGAUUUUGGAUGAUAACAGUACUGAAGCUACAUCAAAAAAGACUAUAAACAAGUCCCCACCAUUCAAUGUCAAGACAGAUUACUUGAAUGACAGCAUAGACACAUUUCUUGAUGAAGAUGAAAUAGCCAAUGACACUGAUAUUGACGACGACGGUGAUGAUAAUAAUUACGACGACGACGACUUUAAAGAAAGUGAUGCCGAGCUUAGUGACAAAAUUUACAGAGACAACGAUGCUAACCUCAAAAUUACUCCCGAUAAGACCUCCUCUAGUGAAUCCAGACAGCUAAGUUCAUUCGCAACUCUGAGUCAGCAGUUUGCCAGACCGUCAUUGGGACGUGACUCUUCCAAUUCAACAAUACGAAACUCACAGAGCUCAAUCAAACGGUCUUCGAAGUAUAUCAACCUUUCAAUUGACUCUAGUCUACGAACAUUAGAUGGUGGAAAGAUGCCAGAUGAAAUUGACAAGAUUAGUUUAAAUGAAAUUGACGUCAAGGUCAACGACUAUUCAUCACCUGCCUCAUCAUCGUCACGUCGAGUUGAGGGCAACAAUCCGCUACUACCGUCCACAAGCAAUCAAUUUAAACGACCUCAUAAAUUAAUCAGUCAGUCACCAUCUCCAUCAUCAGCAAAGGUGAAAUUAACGACACUAUCAUCAUCAUCACCUCCACAAUCCAACUUGCAUUCUCCAUCACAAUUAGGCAUUAAACAUUUCAGGGGCUACAAAAUAAAUGAAAAUAUAGUAUCCCCGAUUCGAAAUCGAAAUGCCGAAAGUCCACUAUCCAAAACCCAUGUUUUUGGUCAAGCUAAUAAGCUACGGAAACCCAAUACACCAAUAAUACAUUCAGCUAUUGAAAAUGUCCAACAUGAAUUAUCUCAUACUGAUUUUGAUAAUGACAUAUUUGACAGCCCGUCAAAGAAUAGGAAACUGUCAAAUUCCAAUCAAUCUUCAAUCAUAAUGUACCAAGGUAGUCCAAAACCAGCCACGAUCAAGCAUGUACUGAGUAUUACUCCAUUUGAUGACAAGGAAAAUAAUGAUCUGUUUCGGUUCGUCAAACCUUUACAAACGGCAUUUUCAUCAAAUGGGUUGUUGAAAAAGAAUAUGGUUCAACACACAAAAUCAACAUCAACAAAGCCACCACCCGAAACGCCAAUGAAACGAAAUCCACUAACCAUGAUCAACACAAAUAAACCGCUCUAUUUACGGUUUGAUCACGACAAUAAUGGCGAUUUGUCACAUAUAGUGGAGCAAGAUGAACAUGAUCAUCCGAUAGAAGUUGGGAGAGAUAUUGGUGUUGAUGAUACUUUGAAUCUAAGUGACAUUCAAAGGUCACAUUUCAAAAUCAUGCCUUCUUCACUGGAAGUGUCAAACAAAGUUGUCGAGCUGCAACAACACGACUUGGAAGUGAUUUUUACCUCGGAUAUAGAACUCGAUGAUGAAGGGUCAAUGAUACCGGAGACUCCAACAAAGAAACAUUUUGGCCAAGUACAUCAUCACCAGCCUGUGCUGGCUACUACUCACCUUGCUGCUUCACCAUCAGCUCCAUCGAAGCAACUACCACCAUCAUCAACUGUUAUGAAACUCGAUAAACUUGAUAAACUACAAUUUUACCCAAGACCUAAGGGCUACAAGUUUGGCACACCUUCAACACCAGUUCAUUGGGGGUUGGACAAUGCAAAAGAUCCUCUUUUGAAAGACAACCCUGUGGAAUUGCCACCAUUGAAUGAAAACGAUCAAUUACGAUUGAGUCAACACCACCACCACCACCACCAUCUGUUCCUCAACGCUUAUCCUGCUAAAAUCGAUGAGCAUUUAAUCAACAAAUUUGGAAUGAAGAACUUGAAAUACAUUGGACAUGGUGAAUUCAGCAUAUGUUUUGAAUGUGUGUUUAACGAGGAGAAAUUUGCCAUCAAGAGAACCAAAAAGCCAAUUAUUGGCAAGUUGGACAAACAAACGAUAAUGAGGGAAAUUGAUGCCCUUAGGACUCUUUCAAGUAUCAAAGAUAAUGAAGAUGAAAAUUUGGCUGAAGAACAACAGGGCAAAGAAAAUCUAGUUUAUUUCAUUGAAGCUUGGGAUUUUGACAAUUAUUAUUACAUCAUGACGGAAUAUUGUGAAGGUGGAACCCUUUAUGAUUUUUUGGAAGAUAACAAACAUUACAAGAUUGAUGAGUAUAGGAUAUGGAAAAUGAUUAUUGAAUUGGCCAAUGGAUUACGAUUUAUUCAUCUGAAGAAUUAUCUUCAUCUUGAUUUGAAACCAGCAAACAUAUUCAUUACAUUUGAAGGGUAUUUAAAAAUUGGUGAUUUUGGUUUAGCUACGAAACUACCGAUUUUAGAAAAGGAUUUUGAUUUGGAAGGUGAUCGUAAUUAUAUUGCUCCUGAAUUGAUUGAUGACAAGAUUUAUACCCCAUUUGCUGAUAUUUUCAGUCUUGGACUAAUCAUUUUGGAAAUUGCUGCCAAUAUCAUUUUGCCUGAUAACGGGACUCCAUGGAGGAAAUUACGUAGUGGAGAUUUAAGUGAUGCCGGUCAAUUAUCCAGUGAUAACAUUUCCAUGUUUUUACAAACACAUAAUAAACCAGAGACUUCAAGUUCGUCAAAUACAAAUUUCAGCUCAUCGGCACAUUCAUUAUCAUUGAAUCCGCAUUUCAAAUCACGCUCAACGAUUGAAAAUAAUGGUAGUAAUGAUAAUACCAUUGACGUUGUUGCUGUUCAUGACUUGAUCCCAACUUGGGCUCCAUCUUUCUUGGUGGGAGAGUCGAAUGCAUUGGAUGUGUUGGUAAAUAAAAUGUUGAAGCCAAACCCAUUUGAUAGACCCAGUGCUAGUGCCAUUUUGGAAAUGGACGAAUGUGUCUUGAUUGAAAAUAGAAGGAAAUGUGGUGCUACGAUUUUUGAAGGUGAAUUUGGAAGUCCCCCCGAUGAUGAAACGCAAUAA